AUGGCGUCGUCUAGUGCACCAACAUCACCACCUAUUAUUCUUGUUCCAACUGACAAUUUAACAGCAAUUAAUAGCGGACCUGCUGUUACUGUGAAAUCUUUAACAGAAUCAAGUAAAAGUGUUAGUUUCAAUGAAUUAUUUUACUCAAAUUUAGAUGCAUUGAAAAGAGAAGCUAAAGCAUUAGUUACAUUUCAUCCAUCUGAAUGGAUCAAUGCAUUUAGACCCAAUCCGAAAUUUCCAUUAUUUGUUCUUGGUGAUAUCGAUGGAUUUGUCGCUUUAUUUAUGAAUAAUUUAGCAACAUUAUUAGCUGUUAUACUUAGCCUUAAAAUUGUAUUUGAAGAUGAUAUUAUUUAUGGAAAAAUUGUUCCUGGUGUAUCAUUAUCUAUGUUAUGGGGAAAUUUAUAUUAUGUAUAUAUGGCAAGAAAACUUGCUUAUAAAGAAAAUCGUGGUGAUGUAUGUACAAUGCCAUAUGGUAUUAAUACACCGGGAGCAUUUGCCUUUGUUUUUGGUAUAAUAGCACCAACUUAUCGUGCAUGUAUAAAUGGUAAGAGUGGUCGUGAUAGACGAUCAUGUGAAGAAUUAGCAUGGUAUGUGGCAUUAGCAAGUAAUUUUACAACGGGAAUUAUUCUUCUUGUAUUAUGUGUUGUUGGCGAAUUUAUUAGAAAAAAUACACCUGGUGUUGCACUUCUUUCAUCAAUAUCAGGCAUUGGUUUUACUUAUUUAGCAUUAAAUGAAUAUUUACCUGUAGCUGCAUCACCUAUUGUAUCUUUUCUACCAUUUGCAAUUGUUAUGCUUGGUUAUUUUUCUGGAGUAAAAUUUGGUCCUGUUCCAGUUGCAUUUGUUGCUCUUGUUGUUGGUACUAUUCUUGGAUGGUCAACACAAUUAAAUCAGGCUGUAGAUGUACGAAAUGCUACAUAUAUUGUUAAACCAUAUCCAUUAGCAUUUCCAAUUACAGCAAUGUUUUCACAUAUAGGUGAAAUUACUCCAUAUUUAUCAACAACAAUUCCAACAGCUAUAUCAAUUGCCAUUGGAACAAUACAAUGUGUUGAAUCAGCUAAAAGAGCUGGAGAUUUUUAUCCAACACGUGAAGCUAUGUUUGCUGAUGGAGUUGGAACAUUAAUUGCAAGUUUUUUCGGAUCAAUUCUUGGGAUGACAACAUUCAUUGGUCAUCCAGCAUUUAAAAAGAUGGGUGCUAAACAAGCUUAUUCAAUAGCUAAUGGCAUUGCUUUUUUACCAUUAUGUUUUUUUGGCAUAAAUGCUCUACUACUUUCAAUAAUUGCUAUUGUUUCAGUUAAUCCAAUUAUUAUAUUUAUUGGUCUUGUUAUUUGUGCUGAUACUCUUGCAAUAACACCUCCACGUCAUUAUCCAGCAUUUCUUCUUGGUCUUAUGCCAAUUGUAGCUGAUUGGGCUGAACGUACAAUAAUAGGUGGUGUUUCAGGUGCUUAUACAAAUUUUGUUACAAAUGAUACUACCUUUGAUCAAAAUAUCACUGCACAAAUAUCUGGGUUUUCAUAUAGUGGUCUUUUAAAUUUUGCUGGUGGAAGUCUUCUUCAAUGUAUAUUUAUAACAGCUAUUUUCAUGUAUAUGAUUGAUAGAAAAUUUAUACACGCAGCUGUAUGGAGUUUAUUAGCUGGAUUUUUUGCUUUUUUCGGUUUAAUCAAUGCUCCAGGUGUUGGAGUUUUAAUAAAACAUACAGAUGAUGGAUGGAAAUUUACUGUUGCUUAUGUAAUGAUGGCAGUUUUAUUUGGUUGUUUUGAAUUCGCUCAACGACACCAUUGGGUUAAAAAACCUGAAACAGAGCCAGAUGAUUUAUCAUCACUUGAAUGGGCUGAAUGGAAUCGACUAAGAUUAUUAGAAGAAGAAAAUGCAAGUGAAGGAAAUGUUUAA